AUGCCUCAUCCAAAAUCUCUACUUUUCCUUUCUAACCACCCAAGGUGGACCAUAUCAUCUUCAACAGUUUUAUAUUUCUUGGUUUUAAUCAUCUUACCAAACACAAUUUGGGCAGCCACCUUUCGAAUUGGAUUAGUGGGUCCUUGGACAUGUGACCCAUUGAUAGCAAAGGCUCUUCCAGAUGUGGCAGCUCGCCUGGCUAUCUCUGACUUAAACUCAGACCAUAGACUUGCCUCUGGUAUUUGGUUUGACCAUGUGUUAUUGACCCAAGGAUGUUCUGCACCCCGUGCUUUUGCAGCCUUUGCUCUUAUGGAACAUUCAGUGGCUGCUUUUGUUGGACCAGCCAACCCUGCCUAUUGUUCUGCUGCAAGUCUACUUACAAAAGGUUGGAAUAAACCAAUGCUCUCUUGGUCUUGCCUUGGAAUUUUGAGUCCUCUUCCACAUCCAGUUCACAUUAUUUAUGCUGUAUUAAGCUUCUUUCACUGGGCUGGUGUAGCUGUGGUCAUGGCACCGCAAGAGCAUUGGAUUGGUGCUGGUAGAGAGCUAGCCGAUGCUCUCCGUAACUGGGGCCUUCCAGUCGGACCAGUUGUUACCAUGGAAGAGGGGAUAGACGGAGCAAGAGAAGCAUUAAAAAGGGUAAAACGACGGCGAAGAGUGAGAGUGGUGGUCAUGUGCAUGCACUCCGUCUUGAUUGGUGGAGAGGAGCAACGUCAUCUUCUAGAAAUAGCUCAUGAACUUCGCAUGACAGAUGGCACAAUGGUUUUUAUUCCCUAUGACACCCUUCUGUACAGUCUUCCAUAUGACCGCCCUUUCCCUGUCUUCACCAACAAUACAAAACUACGACGUGCAUAUGAUGCUGUCCUCACUGUAACCAUCACCUCUCAGCAUGGCAACUUUUAUGACACUUUUCAAGAUGCAAAAACCAAUGAUGAAGUUCCAAGAGAUAUUGAUCCAAUGGAGGUGUCCCCACUCUUUGCAACUAUCUACAACUCUGUUUAUCUUAUGGCCAGAGUCAUUGAAAGGACUUAUCGAUCAGGACAGAAAAUAACAGCUACAUCCAUUGCACGACAUGUUGGGAAUUUACAAGUGGAAGGUUUUGGCUACCCGCUAAACUUGGAUGAAGAUGGAGACCCCCAGACACCCUAUGUCAUUCUGGAUACAGAUGGGGAGAGCAGAUUACUUACCCCUGCAUACAGUAUUAAUACAGCCACAGGAAACCUACAUUACCUGAGGAAGAUCCAUUUUCCGUUCAAUUAUCAUCCUGGCACGGACUCUGACUGUUGGUUUGAUCGGAGCUCAAUCUGCAUUGGAGGUGUGGAUCCUGCAUUCGUUCUGCUGAUUUUUAUACUGCUUGCAAGCUUUGUGCUUACAGGAGUUUCCCUCACUUGCUACAUAAGGAGAAGAAUUCAGCAAGCCAAACUCAUGAAAGGUCCUAACAAAAUGAUUCUUACCAUGGAUGACUUAGUUUUUAUAUACACUCAAAGCAAAAAGAAAUUGUGUGAUGAUAGCAGGUCCAGUAUACUGGGAAAAAGUGUCAGUGAAAUCAGGACUCCACGUCAUUCCAUAUCUGGGAAAAGUAUUGCAGCAGCUACUCCAUACACAACAAGCGUGGCAGUCUAUGAGGGGGAUUGGGUAUGGCUGAAAAGAUUUCCUGGUGAGAAGCUGGGAGAUAUCAGACCAGCUACGAGGAACGCUUUCUGCACGCUUCGUGAAUUACGACAUGAAAAUGUGAAUCUCUAUUUGGGUAUGUUUAAUGACAUGGGAGUCUUGGGAGUAGUAACGGAACAUUGCUCUCGUGGAAGCCUGGAGGAUCUCAUCCAGAAUCAAGAUAUGAAGCUUGAUUGGAUGUUUAAAUCUUCACUUCUUCUUGAUCUUAUCAAGGGUUUGAAGUUCCUUCAUCACCGGGAAAUAGCUCAUGGACGUCUUAAGUCUAGGAACUGUAUAGUAGAUGGUAGAUUUGUUCUUAAAUUGACAGACCAUGGUAUGAAUCAGCUUUAUGAAGCACAAAGAUUAACUCCAGUUGAAUCCAAACCUGAUGAUCUGUUCUGGACAGCACCAGAAUCCUUACGUGACCCACUUUCAUGUCAGAAAGGUUCCUACCGAGGAGAUGUUUAUAGUUUUGCCAUUAUAAUGCAGGAGGUUAUUAUAAGGGGAACACCUUACUGUAUGUUGGAACUUUCUGCAGACGAAAUAAUACGUAAGGUUCGCCGUCCUCCUCCACUUUGUCGCCCCUCGGUAUCUUUAGACCAAGCCCCUCCUGAAUGUAUUCAUUUAAUGAAACAGUGUUGGAGUGAGCAUCCCGACCGAAGACCAAACAUUGACCAGAUCUUUGAUCAGUUUAAGACAAUAAACCGCGGGCGCAAAACGAACAUCAUCGACUCAAUGCUUCGAAUGCUGGAGCAGUACUCUAGUAACUUGGAGGACCUGAUACGAGAGAGAACAGAAGAAUUAGAGGUGGAAAAGCAGAAGACAGACAAACUUCUCACUCAGAUGCUUCCACCAUCUGUAGCUGAAGCUCUGAAGACAGGUGUCCCAGUGGAACCAGAAUACUUUGACCAAGUUACAAUUUAUUUUAGUGACAUUGUAGGUUUCACAACCAUCUCUUCCUUGAGUGAUCCCAUUGAAGUUGUGGACCUUCUCAAUGAUCUUUACACAUUAUUUGAUGCCAUCAUUGGAUCUCAUGAUGUCUACAAGGUGGAGACCAUUGGUGAUGCCUACAUGGUGGCAUCUGGGCUGCCUAAAAAAAAUGGGACUCGACAUGCAGCUGAAAUUUCUAACAUGUCUCUAGAUAUUCUAAGCUCUAUAGGGUCAUUUAAAAUGAGGCAUAUGCCUGAAGUGCCAGUGAAAAUACGCAUUGGACUGCAUUCUGGGCCAUGUGUAGCUGGAGUGGUUGGACUUACAAUGCCACGAUAUUGCCUCUUUGGUGACACUGUCAACACCGCAUCACGUAUGGAAUCUACCGGGCUUCCUUACCGUAUCCAUGUGAAUGUUAGCACCGUCAACAUCUUGAACUCCCUUAAGGAAGGAUACAAGACAGAAGUGAGGGGCAAAACUGAACUAAAGGGAAAAGGCGUAGAAGAUACUUAUUGGCUAGUAGGAAAGGAAGGAUUUAAUAAACCUUUACCAAACCCUCCAGAUAUCGUGCCAGGGGCGGGUAAUCAUGGAAUCAGCCUUGAUGAAAUUCCGGAGAAGAGGAGAAAGAAGCUUGAGAUGGAGAGGGCCAUAGUCAACAUGCAGAAAAUGAAGUGAUUGAUCUGUCUUGUGCCCAUAACUGUACCAGUAAAAGCCUUUGGCGAAUCAUGUGAACUUAAUGCAGCAUUCCUCUGCUUUUCUGUGGCAAUCUCAACCUUGAUAUUUUCUCCAAUGCUUUGACUUGAUCAAAUCAAUUUGUGAAUACAAAGAUGACUUUUUUGGACAUGUGAUGCAGAUAGUCCAGCCUGAUAUUACAUAUAUCGCGUUGUGGUCCU